UAGCCAAAAAACCAUAAAAUAUCAUUCAAUAAUAUAAGCUGCUAAAUUUUCUAAGUGGAAACUUAAUAUAAAUCCAAUUUUGAUAGUUAUACUGCAACAUUUUAAGGAUGGCAUAUUGAUAUUGUAAUCGAGUCUGAGCGCUCGAACUGGUGGCUUUAUUUAUUCUUGUCCGGUUGAAAACAAGUGCUAAAAAUGUUAUAAGAUACAAGUUGAACUAGAAACAAUAGUGUACAGUGAUGUGGUUGAUCUUAUAUAAUGAAAGUAUUAAAUAUUAAUUUAAUAGUAAUAAUAAUUUAUUGUGUAUUAAAUGUAGAAACUAUAAAAUUUGCUAGACGUGUUCGGAAACGAGCGUCCUACGAUGCAUUUCCAUGUAGUGAUAGUGAAAAAAUAAAAUCGUAUUUCUCUGCUGGAUUAGUAGAUGGUUAUAAUAUAAAAAUUGAUGAGGAGGUCGUUCCUGGAACACUCAUUAAAUUAAAAUUUGAUUCUGAAGCGGCUGUUACGUUGGAUAAGGCGUUCGCAAAUUUUUAUAAUAAUAAAGAUAUCAUAAACAAUAUUUAUGAUAUAAUAUUGUUUCGAUUUAAUAAUACUUUCGUCCUGAAUGUUAAAGGACAACCUGCUCCAUACCCUCCGCCUUAUUUGACGAGCAUUAAAAUAAAUGGCAAUGAAUUAUGUAGCCAGCCUAAUUUGACGUACUUUGAGGAUUAUCCGGUUGGUGUUGUGAGACGUCCCAACGUUCCUGAUCGAUUUUGUGGAAGACGUAAAGUCAUUCAUAGUGAGCUUAUAACAAAUGGAUUGAAAACUAAACCAGGGGAAUGGCCUUUCCAUGCUGCACUACACCGUCGUGAAAAAAUGGGUCUAAGAUACACUUGUGGAGGGACAUUAAUUUCCAAGUUUUUUGUUUUAACAGCUGCCCAUUGCACUACCGUUAGAGGAGUAGCCAUUUUACCUGAAAUCUUUAGUGUUUUUCUGGGAAAAUAUAAUUUGUUUGGUGGUGACGUGUCAGUACAAGAAAAAGAGGUUUACAAGGUGUAUGUUCAUGACGAAUUUACGUACAGGACUCUGGAUAAUGACAUCUCUCUAUUGAAAUUGAAAACUGAAGCCGUAUAUGAUAAUUACGUGCAACCAGCUUGUUUAUGGUUCAACAACGUGUACGAUCAGUUACCUUCAUCGCAAAUUCAGGGCACGGUACCAGGUUGGGGUUUUGAUAUAACUGACUCCUUGUCUCCGACUCUCCACGCAGCUAGCAUGCCUUUAGUUCCUGACAGGACUUGUGAAUUAACCAAUCCUUUAUUUUAUGUACAAGCUCUGCGUACUGCUAAAAAAUUCUGUGCCGGCUAUACAAAUGGAACCUCUGCAUGUAAUGGUGAUAGCGGAGGUGGUUUUCACGUCUUUGUUCCUGAUUUAGCAAAAAGCAAUAUCCCAGACGUACCCGGAGCUUGGUAUAUAAGAGGCAUUGUGUCCACCAGCUUAUCGAGAACUGAUGCUGCUAUUUGUAAUCCCAAAGCUUACGCCGUAUUCACAGACGUUGAAAAAUAUCUAGAUUGGAUAAAUAUUUACGUAUAUUCAUAGCAAGAUUUAAUGGAAAAAAGUACGUUUACAAAAAAUAUGAUGAGAACGAAAACAUUGUGAGUUGUGUUGUUUUUUGACGUUUAAAUUCACUGUAUUAUGAACAAAAUAUUUAUUAAACCAAGAGGGACAUUGUCAUAGAUUUGCUUCCAUUAUCUUAUUCAUAUAAAUAGUGAUAACCUUUUAGUGUGAGUUCUUUGAUAAAAAAAAAUAUAAAUAUAAAAAUGUACAUAUAUAAUUUUAGAUACAGAUUCGAAAUACUCGUGACAUAAUAAUAAGUAUAGUCGGAUUGUUUUUGCUUCAAACAUCAAGUUUUAAGUUUUGAAUUUGACUAAAAUUUUAAAUUGAUCUAAGAUGGUAUAAAAAAAUGGAUAUUCUUAAUGACGUCAUUUUAAUUUUCUUCAUUACAUCUGUGUCAUUUUUAACCUAAGUUAUCCUAGCAGUAAUACUGGGUGCUUGUUUUUUCUCUUUAUUUUGUGAAAACUGAAAAAAAAAACAAAAACCUCUUAAUAGAAAAAGGAAAGGAAGGAUGUAAUGACUGACAAGGUAAAAUUAAAUAAUAAAAAAAAUACUAUCAAUUAUACAAUUUUUCAAGUAAAUGUCAAACUUAUCAAAAUCAACUUUUGGAGUGAUAUUUUUUUAUUACUAUUAUAAAAAAGGUAGUGAAUAUAUGAAAAUGGAUUAUAAGGCCUUUCAAUGCAGAAGUCAAAAAUAAACACGUGUUAAUUCAGAACACAAGACAAAUUGUACCAAUUUAAUCACAUGUGCAAGUAUAUGUAUUAAAAGUUAAUUAUAUUAAUGAAUCAAUUAAAUAAAUAUUUAUACCUAACACGCCCGAUAUCAGCAAGCACAUCAAUCACUUGGCCAUUCAGCCGUAAACUUGUAGGUCCAAUAUUGUAAAAUUGAGGAUUAUUUUUUGUUUAAUAGUACCAUGGCUACUUAGUAUCCCCUAAAAUAACUAGAUUUUGUUCUUGAGCUCAGACCCACUCUAUCUUCCGCUACUGAUUUCUCCAACCAUAAGCAAAAACAGGAAUAGCCGUGUUUUUGCUUAUGCUUUUUGUCAAAAAACAGAGCGGUUGGUUGAACAGUAGCGAAUUCACUCGUCUGUCAUUUAUUUGAUAAAAAUCGAUUAAAAACCGUUGUAAAUCAAUAUAGUGAAGAGUGAUUGAUUUGUAUAAAAGUAAUUAAAUAGUAUUAAAAAUUC